GGCCUCGCAGUUGCAUACAUUGUGCGAUGCGAAAGGUUGGCGAGCUAUUAACGUUGUCAAUUUAAUGCUGAGAAUAUUCACCUGGACAUUCAAUCAACAUUACGUUGAAGACUCAUCGCCUCUGAAAGGCGUAUGAGACACUCGCUCCGGUAACCUGCAGAAAGCUCCCACCACAUCGGAUGAGACCGCCUGCAUAUAGCCGCUAGUCAUUAGGCGGCAACAGGGCUAUAUAAGACGUAGGCGAGGGAUGCAAGAUUGGAUGUGCAGACUGACAUCGUUCCUGUGAUACCCCCAUGCUGGAGAAUUGCGUAACCGAGCGGGUGCUGCAGGUCUUCCGUCCCCACUCCGCCUUAGUGUCCGGAACAACCAUAUGGCUGUCAUCAUCUAGAAACGUCAGUGACUCUAAAGUGAAAUUGCCAUGGAAUCGGGUACCGAGCACGAUGGAUUUAAAUAUCCAUCUGUUCCCAAUUCACAAUGUGAUCUCAACAUAAAUAUUUAUGAGACCAUCAGCGACAGAAACGUCAAUAAUAUGGGCACUUCGACAGUCGUGAGAGGUGGGAGCGACCCAAGUUCGUAUCCUCCAUCGAAUUAUCAGCUGAUCGUACGUCAAAGAUUCAUCAGGAGAAGUUUGUGGUUCUCGGACUCGGAUGAACAGGCUUUUGAGGUGCCAGAAUGUGACAACAGCAGUAAAAUCGUCAACAUAAACCUGCGCACGAUAGUUGACAGAACACGGGGGGCUUGGUCGGGGCCACAGGAGGGCUCCAGCACCGAGAGUCAAGGGGGGCAGAAAGACAGCGCCACAGAGAGUGCCAGUGCUGAUGAGAAGGAGAAAGCUGGGGAUGCAUUGAACGUUGCAUCCACCGAUGGCAGUAAAAAUGCUAUCAGAACUGCCAGCGACGAGAACGAGGAAGAGGCCGAAAUGAAAGCUGUUUCCACAUCCCCUGGGGGACGGUUUCUCAAGUUUGAUAUUGAGCUCGGGAGAGGGUCCUUCAAGACUGUCUAUAAAGGUCUGGAUACCGACACGUGGGUGGAAGUUGCCUGGUGUGAACUUCAGGACCGUAAGCUGACCAAAGUAGAGCGUCAGCGGUUUAAGGAGGAGGCAGAGAUGCUGAAGGGGCUGCAGCACCCCAACAUCGUCCGCUUCUACGACUUUUGGGAGUCACCCCUCAAAGGGAAGAAGUGCAUCGUCCUGGUAACGGAGCUCAUGACCUCAGGCACGCUCAAAACGUAUCUGAAGCGCUUCAAGGUAAUGAAGCCCAAGGUUCUGAGGAGCUGGUGUAGGCAGAUCCUGAAGGGUCUUCACUUCCUCCACACCAGGGCCACUCCCAUCAUCCACAGAGACCUGAAGUGUGACAACAUCUUCAUCACGGGCCCCACCGGCUCCGUCAAGAUAGGAGACCUGGGGUUGGCCACGCUCAAGAGGGCCUCCUUCGCCAAGAGUGUCAUAGGCACCCCAGAGUUCAUGGCCCCAGAGAUGUAUGAGGAGCACUAUGAUGAGUCAGUGGAUGUCUAUGCCUUUGGCAUGUGCAUGUUGGAGAUGGCCACCUCAGAGUACCCGUACUCGGAGUGUCAGAACGCUGCACAGAUCUACCGCAAAGUCACCAGCGGGGUGAAGCCUGCCAGCUACAACAAGGUUGUGGAUCCUGAAAUCAAGGAGAUUAUUGGCGAGUGCAUCUGCCAGAAGAAAGAGGAGCGGUACUCCAUAAAGGACCUGCUGAACCACGCCUUCUUUGCAGAGGACACAGGGGUGCGGGUGGAGCUGGCUGAGGAGGAUGAUGGGAAGAAGGCGGCCAUCGCCCUGAAGCUGUGGGUGGAAGACCCAAAGAAGCUGAAGGGAAAAUACAAGGAGAGUGGAGCCAUUGAGUUUACCUUUGAACUGGAAAAAGAGAGCUCGGAGGGCGUGGCUCUAGAGAUGGUGGAAUCAGGGUUCUUCCAUGAGAGUGAUGCUAAGAUCGUGGGGAAGUCGAUCCGGGACCGCGUAGCACUUAUUAAAUGGAGGCGGGAGAGGACUGUGUCGGCCCUACCCCCAGUGAACCAGGGAGAGGCAGGACUCAGGGCCCAGGCCACCCUAGCCCAUGGGACCUCUGCUGGGGCUACACAGGCAGGACAGCCCCCUUUGAUUGAGCCCAACGAGCCAGAAGCAGACCAGCACGCCAGGCUAUGUAACCUUCCGGCCAGCGCAACCUCUGUCACAUCAGACAGUACCUUUGACAGCGGCCUGGGCUCCACUGUGUUUUCUGACUCCCACAGCAGCCAGCACAAUGUCCUCUACCAGUCCCAAGUGGAGCCCAUCACCAUGGCAACGCAGCAGCGUCAGUGUUUGGCUUCAACACGUCCCCGAUCCUGUGAAAGGGGCGAGGGGUGGAAAGCAGCCCUGGGGCCAGAGUUCCGAGUGUGUGCAGGGACACGGAGAGGGAGUGCCUCGGUCAUUGACACUCUUAGGGGCAACAACGACAUCCCUCUUCAUAUGCUCCUGCAACCUAUUACCUCUGGGUCCUGCAGCCAACAGAGAGCUUCCAGUCCCUCCCCCACAUCACCAGACGACCAGUCAGAGAGCAGCCCCUCUGAGUCCCGCUCUGAGGCCGAGGACGGCUUCCCUUCCCCGAGAGCAUUUCCUGCCCCCAUCCUCCUGCCCCCCCCAUCCCCCACAUACUCUGAGGCCCGACGUCAUAGUGACUCUUCUAUAGAAUCUCCGACAUUGGAAGCCACCAAUGGAAGUAGGUUGAAGUCUGUGUCAGUGGAGGCAGCAGUGGGGCGGAGGCACUCGGACCUUAGCACGCUGCACAGCCUAAACUCUGCCCUUCAACACCACCAUCAUCAUCACCAAGGCGCACCCAGAAACCACCUGUGCCAAGCCUGCCUCUCUCUGCUGCUGAAGUCACGAGAAGGGGGGCACAAGAAGCACACUGCUUUUCCCUUUCCACCACACCCCUGUGCUUGCCCCCACCGGCACCACCACUUCUCCAGUGGGAUGACGACAACUGCAGGGUUAGGAGGGAUGAAAGGUCCAAGUCAUACAGGAAGUGACUUCUCUGACCUCUCCUUAUUACAAAAGAACCUGAUGAACAUCAUCAGCCGUAAAACCACCCCAUCCAACCAGGGCCAAGCCUCCCUCCUCCACCUGCGUAGUCUGAAGUUAACCCAGAGAGGCAGCUUCAGUGGUGACCACACAGCACCCCCUCUAGCCAGGCCCACACAGGACCACAAGGCCAGCUACUGUGCUGGGGAGCACCGAGCCACCGGGCCUCCGGGAGUGCCCAGUGCUGUGCAUGCAUUGCUCCAGAACCAGUCAUCUCUCCAGGGCCAGCCUGCCUCUGCCCCAGCCCUGCACACGCCCCUGCAGUACCUCCAGCCUGGUCACAGCUAUCCCGUCAGUCCCCUGGCAGGCUACUCAGCUGCAGCUCUACAACACACCCCAGCCUCAGCAACUUACACAGCAUCAAACAUUCCUCUGCAACAUAACAAUACUGGACAUAGCUACCCAGCUCCAGCUCUGCAAAAGACAGCAACAGCAGCAAGUCAUUCAACUGAAAAUGUACCACUUCAACAGCCUGCAGCAAGCUUUUCAGCAGCUACCCUGCCCCUGCAACAGCCACACACUGCAGCAAGCUACACUGCAGCAACUAUGCCAAUCCAACAGACACCAACUCCACAGAGCUACAGUGCCCCAACUCAGCAACAAAUGACUCAAACUGCUGCAAGCUACCCAGCUCCAAUUCUGCAACAGACCCCAACAGCAGCAAGCUUCUCAGCAGCAGUAGCCAUGCCUGUCCAACAUACUGUAUUGGCAGCUAGCAUAGGAACUGCAACAAUACCCUCACAACCAGCUGCACAGAGCUACCCAGCUCCAGUGGAGCAUCUGCAACAUCUCGCUCCCCCACAGAGCUAUGCAUCUGUAGCCCCAACUGUGGUCCACACUGUACCUAUACCCAGUCUCCCUACUCAGGAUCCCAGUGUCGCAACACAGCCUCUAGCUGCUGCUGUGCUUCCCCCAGUCCAGCCUUGCCCAGCGCCACACAGCCUCCCAGCCACAGCCAUGCCUCCCAGUCUGCAGCCAGGCCAGUCUAGUCCCAUGCAUCACAGCCAACAGACUGUGCCGGUCCCCAUUCAACAGCAACAUAGCCAGCCAAUGCCCCAGCCCUCAGCACAACACCGCCAACAGCCUGUUCAGGCCCCCAUUCAGCAGCACAACCAGCAAACUGUGCAGGUCCCCCUACCCAAACACAGCCAGACCAUGGCCCAGCCCACUGUCCAACAGGCUCCAGUCAUCCAGAGCUAUCAGUCACCUGCCCAUAAUGUGCAGCAAGGUUCAACCCUCCAGAUUUACCCCAACGCUGCACCCCUAAUGGGGCAACCGAACACUGCUUCACAGAGCUACACACCCACAGCCCCACACAUAAAACAACAGGCUGCACCGGUACAAGGCUACACGCCAACGAAACCCAGUGUGAUGGGUCAGGCCUGUCCAUCUGCUCCACAGCAGGCUGCAGCCCCUAAGACCUACCCAGUGGCCCCCAUAGUGCAACAACAGACUGGGACUGCCACUCCACAGCACAGCCAGGCCCAGGCAGCUACACUACCACUAGGCCAACAGAACCAACCCUAUGUCUUCAACGCAGUUUUCCUGAACCAGAAUUUUCCUGCUGCUCAAAGCCUUUCCCAGCACCACCAAUCAUCAUCUAGUCUGCCUUCCCAGGCAUCGCCUCCUCAGCAGCUAUUGGCUCAGGCCUCUGUCCCUCAGCAGCUGCAGCCACUGCAGAUCUCCACCUCUCUGCCACCAACACACCUUUCCCAGUUUUCCUCACCGUAUCCCAAAAUUCAAGUGGUGACCUCUCUGACUGGAUGUGACACCUACACUCACCCCUGCCCUGUUCCCCAGUCCUACUCUUCCUCUCUGCCCCCUCUCUACCUCUCCCCAGGCCAGCCUGCCACUCUGCCCCCCUCUGUCUCGUCCCUCGCCCCCUUACAUAUAGAGAAUGCUCUGGCGCCCCCCUCUGUGCCCCCGAUAUCCUCACACACACCCCUGCUGGCCAUGACAGCACCCACACUGCCACAGCAUCAGCAGAUGUACCCCGCUGCUCUGCAACAGAGUGUUAUGACACACACACACCCUCACACACAGCUCCCCACUCUCACACACCCGGUUCACUCACACCUUGCCUCACUGCCUGGACAACAGAACACACAACUGCAGAAUACACACCACAUGCACCCAAACCCUUUUCAACACGUCACACACCCCACAUACUCACACCCUGCUGCUGCAACUGAACUUGCUCUGCCGAGCUUUCUGCCCUUAAGACAGCAGGUCCAGCAGCAGGCCAAGGCCCAGCUUCCAGAUGCCAUCCCCUUUGCACAGCCUAAUCAGCCUUCCCAGCCUGCAGUUUUCUCCCCUCCAAUACAGACUGUGUCGGACCCUGGCACAGGUACUGCCGCAACCCAGCUUGACCUCAACCAGAACCCCAGCCAAACCCAGUCCAAGCAUCAGCAUCAGGCCCAAGGCCAGAGCCAACCACAGGCUCCAGCUCCACUACCCCCUGACUCCCAGACAGCAGCCCCUUGGACUGCCAGCACCAGCCUGACUCAGCAGAACCAGGCCGGUGCGAGCAGAUACUCAGGGACCACACUCACCUCGGGACAGGCUCAAACAGAGUCCAAUCUGGAGGAUCCUGGUGCAGAGAAGCAGGCUUCAGGGGCCAGCUACUCCUACGACAGUGUGAACUCCGACGCCACCUCAGGGAAGGAGAUGAGCGAUGGUAACGAGGGGACGCACGGAUCAGGGAAGGGCGAGGGGAAGGUCCGGAAACACCACCGCCGCUCCACGCGCACCCGCUCACGCCAGGACAAGAUCAACAAGCCCAAACUCAGCAUGCUCAAUGUGUGUUAUACAGGGGAUAAGAUGGUGGAGUGUCAGCUGGAGACACACAACCACAAGAUGGUUACCUUCAAGUUCGACCUGGAUGGAGACGCACCUGAGGAGAUAGCCACUUACAUGGUGGAGAAUGACUUCAUCCUGCUCCUGGAGAAGGAGAUGUUUAUAGAGCAGUUAAAGGAUAUUGUGGACAAGGCUGAGGACAUGCUGAGUGAGGACACGGAGGGGGAAAGGAUUUCUGACCACGUGGGCAGUCCCCAGCAGAGCCACGGAGCAGUCAUACUGGGGGGAGAGGGUACAAAGACGGCUACACCUAAUUCACCACAACUUGUGUACCAGCAGAACGUCCUCCACACCGGGAAGCGCUGGUUCAUCAUCUGCCCCGUGGCCGAGACGCCCACGCCAGACAGAGAGAGGACUUCAUCAGACACCUCUACAACCAAGGAGGCUCCUGUCACAUCAUUGUCUAGGUCCAGUUGCAGUACUACUCCGCCAGUGUCUGCCCCAACUCCUGUUCUUGCCCUGACCACCACACCCCCUACUCCAGGCCCCUCUGCACCUCAAAGCUCUGCCCAGUCUCAGGACACCAACGUAGGCAAGGCCAGAGUUCAGCAGCCCCAGGCCUCUGGAACCAAACCCUCCAGCACCAGUGCUACGACUGCUGCCAUGGGCCGCCACGACUCUCUUUCAGGCAGCGAACCCUGCAUCUCCAUGGUAACAGACAUCCCAUGCUGCCCCAUCGUCCCACCUGUGUCCCUGGAUGUGAAUGGGGCGGGACAUAAAGGGGUGAGUGGCACUUCCUCAUGUCUACCCAAUCAGGAGGCCAGCCUGUCAGGAGACCCGCCCCCUCCCCUGGACUCCCACCAGCCAGUGGUCCUGCAGCAGCCCUAUGCAAUGCCAAGCAUGGUGGGUGGAGGAGGUGGAGCCAGAACACCAUCACAGCCCCAGAGUCCCGCCCACCAGGCGUCCCAGCAGCAGGAUGGACCUGGGGGGUCUGGGAGUGGAGGUGGUUGCGGCCUGGGGGAGUCUGAUGGAGAGGGCCCGCCCAGGGUGGAGUUUGUGGACCGUACCAUCAAGACUCUGGAUGAGAAGCUGAGGAACCUGCUGUACCAGGAGUAUGCCCAAUCUGCUCCCUCCAGCACCGCCUCCGACCUACAGGGCUCCAACACAGAGGGGAUCAGCUCUCCCCCUGUCUCUGACUGCCAGACCACCUCUGGGGGGGGGCUCUCCAGGAAGGGAGCGGUGCUGCCUCAGAUUCCUGAGCGUACUGAUAGUUUGGGUACACUGAGUGACUCUGCAGGAUUGUUGAACAGGAGAGACUUUGUGGGCAGUUCCAGUUCCUAUGUCUCCAAGAGCCGCUUUCAGAUCAUCCCCACUCCUCCGGACGUCAUCCGUCGUUUAGAGAAGGGCAGAAGUCGCAGUGGUUCGGGGGGCUCUCGCGCCGCAGCCGAGGGGGGCAGCCCACGAGACCAGGGGUGUAUGGUCGUGGGUAGGUUCUCAGUGAUGACCGCUGAAGAGGGUGCGGAAAACGCCCCCAAACCCCCCUGUAGUAACCGCUACUCAGCCCCUCCAGACUUGGACCAGGACACCACCGCCUCUAGCCCCAUCGCCACCCCCAGCCUGCUCCCACGUGCCCACACUGCUGACGCUGCCACCAACCACUCCUUUCACUUCGACUCUGACUCGGGGGAGGAGGACACCAGCAGUUUAGCCCCUCCCCUUGCCCACCACAAGCCUCCGGCUCAUGCCCUCCCGGAACACAGCGGAAGUGACCUCAUGAAGAGGGCGGUGGCCUUCCUGCGCCGCACUGGCCGCAGCAGUGUGCAGAGCUCUGAUUCGCCGAGCCGGCAAUCCGUGGUAGCGAAUGGCCACACCGUCCUGCCGCCUGGACCCGGCCAUGUAUCAUACGUCAGCAGUGACAACGACUCUGAGUUUGAGGAUGCGGACAUGAGGAAGGAGCUGCAGAGGCUGAGGGAGAAACACAUGAAGGAGAUCUCUGAGCUGCAGGCGUUCCAGAGGAGUGAGAUAGAGCGUCUGUAUAAAGAGCUGGGGAAAGCCCUGCCGCCUGGUGUAGGCCUGUUGCACGCUGCUCCCCCUAGUGGCCGCAGACGCAAGGUCAGCAAACACAAGCUGAAGGCAGGCAAGUUGCUCAACCCCAUGGUGCAGCAGCUGAAAAACAACCUGAAUACCACCACCACCACCGGUGAGAGCGCACCGAGCUCAUCUGGCUCUCCAGCUAAGAGCUCCAUUGUGUCUGACGGCUCGGCCCGCUCCAGUGGCAGCAGCAGUACCAGUGGCACUCAGCCCGGCAAGGCCCCAGAGCCUGUCCAGACCCAGCAGCCCUGCUCUCUCAAGGGCUCGUUCUCUUCUGACAACAUCUACGGUGGAGGCAUGGCCACACACGUAGGCCCAGGGCAAGGCUGGACGGUAUACCACCAAACGUCAGAGAGAGUGACCUAUAAAUCUAGUAGCAAACCACGUGCUAGAUUCCUCAGUGGACCCGUGUCUCUGUCCAUCUGGUCCACACUGAAACGACUAUGUCUAGGCAAAGAGCGCAGUAGUAGGUCUUCUCACGGCGCCAGUGCGACUCAGACGGCAUCCAAUCAGCAACAGCCAGAAGCUGUCCCCAAUCCUUUGCCAUCUCCUCAACCAAUGACAGUGCUAGCUCAGGCCCAGACAAACAACAGCAACAACAAGAAACCAGGUACUUUCACGGACGACCUGCACAAGCUGGUAGAUGAUUGGACGAAGGAGACGCUGGCGGCCACACAGCCGCGGCCCUCUCUGAACCAGAUAAAACAGCAGAGACGCAUGCAGGACCUGGAGGGUCUAGCCGCGCCCCUGGGAGGAGCCACGCAGGAGGUGAGAUGUCCCAUCCCUCCAAAUAAGUUCCAGCUGCCUUUGUCGUGCCCGCUGACAGCUGCUUUAGGCCCAGCCAUGCCCACUGCCCUGAGCUCCAACCCCUCUGCCAUGCUCCAGCCCGGGUACAUGGUACCAGCAGGCCCCUACGGAGGGGUGGUGCCCGGCCCCCUAUACCCCCAGCAGUGGUCUGGUAUGCCCAGCCCUGUGGGGAUGAUGGGGGCAGCGGGAGGGAUGCCCUACCUCACCAUGGCCAACCCAGGGGUGCAGGCCUACCCCCUGACCCUGCACAGCCCUGAGAACGUCCCCAACACCAGGAUUACCUAAAGUGACAACUAGCACCUCCCUGCACCCACUAAACCCCUAUCUUACCCCAUCGCCCCUGAUGUUCAACAGACUGCCCCCAGAUGUUCCCCUCUAUCCCAGCACACUCACAUCAGGACUGCCUGACUAACACGUUUUAACUAAUCCUGUGUUGCUAUCCUAACUCCACUCUGUCCCCCCUGGUUCUCACUCCAGGGUUACAAUUGUAACGAAAUCAAACUCUUAAAAACUUUUAAUAGAGUGAUGGGCUGAAAAAUAGAGUAAAGUAGGGCCCACACAAUUAAAUGCCCCAACAAAUGGCUUAUGGGUCAUUCCACCUCAAAGCACAAGAAAGAUGAUUUCGACACCCACCAUCUGAUUGUGCUGAAAUAUUUUCUGUAGUUAGAAACCUGAUAUUAGCAUUCCUGAAAAUGUUUUUUGAGAUAUAAUUUGAUCUCUGAGAAAUUAAGCUAAUUGCACAAAAAUGUGCCAUUUUAAAUGUAUAUGAUUCAUAUAAUCUUCAAUAAAAAUAGUACCUAACAUCCGAUUUGGACCAUAAUUCUUCAUGAGAAUUAGUAAGACGUGGUAUACAAUAAAAUGACCAAAAGCCACCCACGGACCCAUGUGAAUCUUUUUUCCCCUUUUCACAGAAAUUAGCCUUUUGAAGUCUCUUGCAUUAUUUGAAUUUUAUAUUCCUUUUUUUUUACAUUUAACCUUUACUUAAUGAGGCAAGUCAGUUAAGAACAAAAUCUUAUUUACAUUGACGGCCUACUGGGGAACAGUGGGUUAACUGCCUUGUUCAGACCAACAGAUUUUUACCUCGUCAGCUCGGGGAUCCUUUCGGUUACUGGCCCAACGCUAUAUAACCACUAGGUUACCUGCCGCCCCAUUUACCAUCGAUUUAGUGUGAAAGUACUCUGUUUUUCCCACUAGAUGCCACUGUUUCUGCUACUGCCACACCCUUUAAUCAAUUUUGCUGGUCUCUUGUCUUUUAUUAAAUGGAUCACAACAUUUUCUUUGUAACUUUUUGUAGAAAACCAAUAGCUUUUGCUCAUGAUGAAAAUAAAUUGUAUGGAAAUCCUCACAAUUCAAGCAAAGUCCUCCAUUAAUGUAAUUGUUUGUCCUUCUCUUAAUCUGUGUCCAGGAAACAGCCCCUCUGUGUGGUUUAUUCCGUUAAAAAAACGUUUAAGAUUAGUUAAGUCAUUCCGGUUGAACAAGCAAAUCAUUAGGCUACAGCGGUUCUAAUGGUUUCAAUGUCAUGGUCUCGAAUGGUCUUUAAUGGUGAAAGUCCUAAACAUAGUGUUUUGCAAUUGUAUGGUGUUGGGUUGUAAUGGUAAAUGUCACUUAUCACACUACAUAGAGAUGUUUUCUAAAAGUAUUAUUUUUUAAGAUACAAGUGCAAUGGUUUAAUAUUUUAUUAGGAUUGUCACAUUUGCAUCACCAGACAGUUUCUCAAGUGUUGGGCUUGUAGGAAAAGUCUUCAUAUUGCACCAUAAGGACAGGCCUCUCAGGGGGCUGCCAUUUGUUGGACUAUUCAAGAAGAGUUAUAGGUUGAAGCAUUAGGUUUCUAAGAGAAGGACAAACUGAAUUGCUUUCAUGGAGGACUGGCUUGAAGGAUGACCACACAAUCUAUUUUCAUCAUGAGCUGUUUUUGUUCUACCCAAAGUUGCAAAAGAAAAUGUUGUGAUCCAUUUAAUAAACACGAGAAACCAGCAAAAUUGAUAAAGGGUAUGGCAGUAGCAGGAACAGCGGCAUCUAGUGGGAAAAUGCUGGUACUUUCACAAUUUGUGGUAAGUAAUACAAGCUACUUCAAUGGCUAAUUUCUCUGAACAGAUUCACAAGGAAUACAUUACAUGGGAUGAAGAAGCAAUAAUAAUCCAAGCCGCAGCUCCAUACUACUUGUCAGACAUAGAGAACUGAUAGUGUUUACUUGUUGGGGUGAGAUUGGUGUGGGGGGGUCUGUGGGUGACCAUGUUAUUGGAUUCCUCAUGUCUUACUCAAUGAUAGGUAGAAGUUUGGUCCAAAUCGGAUGUUGGGUACUAUAUGUAUUGAAUAUUACGUGAAUCCUAUCAAUUUAAAAAGGGCUAAUUUGCUUAAUUUCUCAGAGAUAAUUUUUUAUUAACAAAAUAGUGUUGCGGGUAUGCUAAUCUUAUCGGUUUCUAACUAUAGAACAUAUUUCAGAACAAUCUGGGAUGGUAGGUGUCAUGGCUUGCUGAAAUGACAUGGAACGACUCUUAUGUGUUGGAGCAUCUGGUCCCUACUUGACUGUACUACUCACCCCCUCCAGUGUUUCUAUAUGCAGGAUAAUCCUGCUCCACUCUUAGAUUGUGGUUUGAUGCUUUAUUAAAGAGCAACACACGUGUAAAUAGCCUGUGAGCUUGUAAAUAUCCAGUGUGCGUGUCAAUAUACUUUAUACAGCACCGGGAGUUUUCCUGUGUGUAUGUAUACGUGUGUACAGUAUAAAUGUUCUGUGUGUGUCUGAGUACCUACUGCUUUUAGCUUUGGUCUUGUCUAAACUCACAGCCAUACUUUAUAAUAUCAGCGGUCACAAAUGUGAUGUUUUCACCAAAUCCGUCAUAAACGAUAAGUAGUCAUGUUUUCAGAUAGAUUUUUAUUGUUUACUAAUGUUUUGUCAACCUUAAAACACUACAUUAGAAAUCAAAAUUCAAUGGUUUAAGAUGAUAGGGCAGGAGACCUGUAUUUUAAAGUGAAGUUCUCUGAAGGAGUGUAGUGCCUUGAACAUUGAUUUUUCUGUCCGCAUUUUCUUUCCGCAACCAAGAGAUUUUAUUUUGCGGUGGCUUUGUGUCUUAUUUUUAUUUUUUUCUUGGUUUACAAUUGAAUGCCCUUGUAGCACUGCACUAUUAACACAGUAUAUGCUUUUAUUCAAGUAAUAAAAUCAUGUUUUUAAUCUUUGUUACUCCCCACCCCUGUGACAUUUAGAACGCCAUAGAGGUGAAAUGUACAGUUGCCCUGUGGGAACAGACAGUUGAUGUACAAUUUUUAAAAGUCAAAGCUCUCUCAUUGGGCAGUGGGUAGUGUCCUAGGCAUAGUUAGAAUUCUUAGAAUUAGCGUUCCCCAGUGGGUGGACCAAUUUAAUUUUCAUUCUAUAUUUAUAGAAUGAGGGGAACCCGUAGUGUCCAGCUCAGAAUGUAGCAGAGGCAGGUUUGCCGAGCAAGACUUAGUGCAAUUUCACCUAUCCACCUAGCUUUCGUAGCGGCCUUCCCACAAGCCUUACCCAGGAACCUGCAACAGGAGCUAGUUUCUUUUGUUGCCGUUUAGUUGAACCUAAGUUACAAAUCACAUUGAAAAUGAUAACAGCAGUUACAACUGCUAAAUAUUUUCUGUUGGGGCAAGAACAUGGUUCUCCUUUUAUUAGGCACAUUAUGGGAUUUCUUUAGUGCAAUCACCAGUUAUUAUUUACUUGUCUAAAUUAUUGCCAUUGUUUUAUGUUUCUAAGCUUGAUUUUGAUGCUGCUAGUGUGUCUGAGGUGGAUCCACUGUAAGUAUGAAAGGGAAGUUGAUGUGUGUUUUAUCUGCACACAUGAUGAUACAGUGGAGUCCCUCCAGUAAUAAAACCUUUGUCAGAGGGUGAGUUGUUUUCUCAAUGAGAUUAUGUUCAUGUCAAGCAGUGUUAUUAUAUUGCCUUGUUGAAAUGAAUAAAUGAUGUAUCAUUUCCUAGGUGGUUAUUGAUGAUAGCCUUGCUUUUCUGUAUUGUUUUGAGUGUUUGAUUUCUCUGUUCAGAAUUAAGCAUGUAAACUCCAGAUGGAUACUUGAUUUGCACAACAUGCCCAGUGCUUUAACUAUAGCCUAUAAUAUCAGUUCCAACACACCUAUACAUAAUGAGGUUAACCUUCCCGCCCCUUAUCCUCCUGACCACUGAAGAGCAUGUCUGUUAUUUUCCAUACAGCCGUGAUUAUCAUUACUAUACAGCCAUUUAGAAAUGUCACAGCCACCACCACACCAGUGAAAGGUUGCAAGCACCCCAGUCCUGCCAAGCUGUGAAUUGUACAGUUUUCCUGUCAUUAAUAUAUUUUGUUUAACUGUUUUGGGAUUUCACGUCGGUGUAUAUUAUUCCAUCAAUUCGGUUUGAAUUGGACUUUUUAUAGGAUAUAAUGCAGAGUUGUCUGCUUUGGUGAAAUACUUGCAGUAGUAAGAGAUUUCUGUUCUCUGUUACUCGUUGUAUCUGACAUUACUGCUACACCUCCCUGUCUGUUACACUUAGUGAGCAGAUCCAUAGAAACUGAUCGUAUAGAGCAGAUGUGGUUCUCUGAGGAAUAGAGAAUAAUGCAUGUUCUGAUCAUUGCAUUUCUAUCAGUUCUGAGUAACAUUGCCUCAUUGAAUAUGCCUGUAAUUGUGGAAGGCUUGCACUAAAGCUCUGUGUCGGAUUGCUUCUGCCUGCUAUGUAUCACCAGAUUACCUUACCAACCCAGUCAGCGCACUCAUCACAGACUGUACAUGUUUAAAGAGAAAUAAACAUUAUUUUGUGCUUGA